CGACAGAGCAGCAUGGACAGCAUGUGCGACGCCGAGCCGCUCGCCGCGUCCUCCUUCCUCUUCGCCGAGAAGCGCCGGCAGAAGCCGCGGUCGCGGCCGCAAAAGUACCUCCACGAGCGACGCACCGAGAGCCCCGGCGACGACGAUCAUCGGGUCGAGCGGGCCAGCGUCGAGGCCAAGUACCGGGCGCCAACGCGCACCGAGCCCAAGGCCAGCGCCGGUAAGGUGAGCGCGACCAAGGCGCGCGCGCGCUCGUUCCAUUGGGGCGACCACAGCAGCAGCUCCACCAACAUCCUCGCGUCGUUUCCAUUUCACGCGAGCUCGUUCCAGAAGGACAACAACGAGAUGCCCGACUUGGACAACGUGUACGACUACGAGAUUGACGCAACGAGCCAGUACAAGUACGUGCCGAAGGAGUGUGCUAGCAACCAGCGCAACCUCUCGGCGGGCAGCUCCCGCCAGACGUCACCGGCCGACGACACGGACGAAGCGUUCGACCGGCCGCCGUCGCGCCAGCGCCACGCGUUCCCAACGCACCUUGUCGACGACAACGAGCUGGACGACGAGUACGAGUACAAGGCGACGAAGCGCUCGCACCGCCCGCCAUCCCGGCACAAGCCCAUGGCGCAGGACCCCGUGGUACCCUCGUCGUGCGAGAUCAACGAGCAGAGUCUCGAAGACACGAUCAACCGAUUUCGGUCCCGGCGCUCGGCCCUGCGGCAGAGCCACGACCCGCGCCGGGAUGGCUUUGAAGCCGUCGAUGAGAAUGUCCCGCUACCUUUUCGCAUUGAAGUCACCAACGAAGACGGCAAGGGCAAGGCGUCGUCGUCGUCACGCCCGCGACGCGGUCGACCGCGGCAGGCAGCACAGGCCGUGAUCGCGGUGGCGACCACGGCUACCACGGACGAGCUCCGCAAGACGCUGCAGUCGCGCGCGGAGGACCCGAUGAUUUUCAAGACAACGCCGGACCGUCGGCGGCAGGCGCGGUCGUCGGCGAGCCAAGGAACGCCGUGGACGCCCAAGGACGAGGCGUUUGAGCCUGUACAACACCCGAGUGCGCAGUGGAUCCCUCGAAGCAUGCCGGACGCGGUGCCCGAGACGGACGAGGCACCUGCGUGGCGGCUCCGGACCGAGAACGCAUCCGACUUGCAACUGGACGAUUUCAACUUUACGGGGCCGCCCGACGUCUCGCUCAACACGUCCCUCGGCAAGGACUUUUUGAGUUUGUUUGCUCAAUCCUAAUCGUCUCAAGUCGUCUUCUCAUAACGAAAACGCGCCAAUCGUGUGUUCAAACUCAA